AUGAUUGUAUUGAAUGUUUUUGGAAUACAGAGAAAUCUUAAUGUGUAGAAAAAAAAAUGUGAAAAUGGUCCAAAAUAUGCUUUAACUCAUAAAGAAUGUGAAGGAUAUUUGAAAAGGUGUUAAAAAGGAGGUUGUAAAUAAAAAAUUUGCACGGAUUAUUUUUAUGUUAUUGAUUCUGCUUGUGCUUCCUUAUUUCCAGAUAAAAGUUGUACUACAAAUGGUUAUUAAUGUAUUAAAGAAGUAUUUGUGAAUCAGUAUUAAUUAAAGAUGGUUGCACAUUUAAUUAAUUUUAUAUUGAUUUUGAAUGGGUUUAAAAUACAUGUGUAGUUAAAACAUGUAAUACUGCUCCAAUUACUUUAAAUACUCAUAAAAAAUGUCAAGAUUACUUAUCAUAUUGUACAACCAAAAAAGAUGGAGGAUGUGAAGUGA